AUGUCUCGCAUGUGGGAGGUCGACCCGGAGACAAGGACAAAGCUCCUCCAGAUCUCCAAGACAAAUGGAAAUGAUAGAUGUUGCGAUUGCGGUGCACCAUCGCCUCAAUGGGCCUCACCCAAGUUCGGAACCUUCAUCUGCCUCAACUGUGCAGGCACACACCGCGGGCUCGGUGUACACAUCUCCUUCGUCCGCUCGAUCACCAUGGACGCCUUCAAGCACGCCGAGAUCCAGCGCAUGGAGCUCGGAGGAAACGAGCCCUGGAAGGCAUUCUAUGAUGCGCAUCCGGUCACCACCUCCGAGGGCCGCACAUUCGAAGAUUCGACUAUUAAGGAACGAUACGACGGCGAUGCGGGUGAGGAAUGGAAGGAGCGUCUAACCUGCAAGGUUGAAGGUCGCGAGUACGUGCAGGGCCAGGAGAAGAAGAACAAUGCCAACGCCUCAUCGCGAUCCAGCACACCGAUGAGUCUUGGAGGUGCGGCUGGCGCUGGCGCUGGGGCGAGGACGAGCUCGCCUACUACCUCUAUUCGAUCCGAUAGCGUGCGAGGCGGGGCCGCUACGAAGAAGGAACAGAACGAGGCCUAUUUUGCCAAGUUGGGUAACGAGAACUCCACGCGCUCUGAUGCUCUGCCUCCUUCGCAGGGCGGAAAGUUCACUGGCUUCGGAGGUGGUAUGCCUCCGGCUGCUGGUGACCGUCGGUCUUCACCAUUUGGCGGGUUCGGUGGAUGGGGCGCAUUUGGGAGUGGUGGUGGUGGAGGAGGAGGAGGAGGACUCGAUGAUUUCCAGAAAGAUCCCAUGGGCAGUUUGAGCAAAGGAUUCGGCUGGUUCGCGUCGACGGUCGGAAGGGGUGCGAAGACGGUCAACGACUCAUACUUGCAACCGACCGCGAAGCAACUCGCCGAAUCCGACUUUGCUGCCCAGGCCCGUAUGCAGGCGGCUAAUUGGGGCCAGAACUUUCAAACAGGUGCCCGCAGCGCUGCAGACCAGUUCAACCGCUUUGUCGAGGGCGAUGAAGGUGCCCAGGGCUCCUCCCGUUCUCGCGUCGAGCCCGAGCGUCGGGAUUUCUGGGACGACUUCUCAUCAAUUGCUUCGCAACAAGAGAAGGAGCGGACGGGUCACCAGCGAAGUGGAUCGCGAUCAGACGUCAUUGGGACUGCUGCGAUGCGCAAGGGCCCUACCCCAGCAACUUCUGGUUUGUCCAACUCGACUCCCGCUUCGGCUGCGGACACUUCGGUGCCUUCUGGGGUAGAGGGGGCUGAAGCUUCUAAAACGAAGCCAAAGGAGAAGGAUGAAUGGGAUGAUGAAUGGUAG